AAACACAAGGUCAAAUCCUGCCAUGUUUUCAUGCCCAGAGCUCAAGAUGAAGUUAAUGGGACCUUCACACAUGUUCAUUUUAAGGAACCGUCGGCCCAUAAUACCUUUAUAUAUUUCAUUGUAGUUCUAAAACAUUAUACUUGUCAUAUAAUACUAUAUUCAGAAUUGUACUGAUUCAUCUUAUAGAAUAUCCCAGAGUAAAAGUGAAUCUGUUCAUAAAAACUUAUUUUAAAACAAUUAUUGGACAUAAAUGCUUUUACAUUUCUAAACAUUUAGAACAUACCUAUUUCAAAACUAAAAUUACCCAGAAGGUUGCUAAUUUUUUUAAACUUGGCAAAAUUUUUCACAAAUGGGUGCCUAAAGUUGGGCAGGCAAAGCCAUAAUUAGGUACCUAAAUAAAAGUCAUCCAAUAUUCAAAGUUGCUCAACAUCCGUAGCUCCCAAUGACUUCACUGAGCUUCAGAUGCUCACACCUUUGAAAAUGUGGCUUAAAGUCCUUAAUCCCUAACGUACAAAGGUUUAUAUUUGUAAUAAAGCUGUUUAAAGUUUUAAGCUUUCUGUUUAAUGUUAUUGCAUAACUUUAAGGCACUACUUUCUUGCAAGCAACAACAACAAAAGUCCAGUAACAUUCAAACAUUACUCAACAUAGGAUUUCCUAGUUGUGGAAGAGAAUACAAUUAUGGAAGAGAAUACAAUUAUACCUACUCAAACCACCAGGGGGAACUCCAUCAUCACUUACUAGCUCCCCUUGUAACAAAAUUUGAGAAUCCACUCUGAAAACAAAAGAAACUAGUUUGAGAGCAAAGGAGGGAGGAGAUCUGUUGUCUUCCAAGUUGUGUGAACACCCUCAGCACAUAUUGGCCAGACUUCUGCCAGCAUGGUUUGAGGCUUGUAAACCUUAAACUCAAGGCACAUCUUAAAUGGGUUUGAGGUUUACUAUGCAUUUCUUGGAGAGCUCUAGUUACGAAGUCCUGAACAAAAACAUGAGAGUCAUACAACUUAACCAGCAGAUAGUGGUGCCUGCCUGAUUAGGAGACAAUUACUUUACCAUCAAUUCCUUUUUCAGUGGGCAAGAAUCAGCAUGAUUUUGUCUUAGGAAACUGACAAGAGCGGAAGAGACAACCAAGUUUGAAACUGCACCUCCCCAGAGUGCUAUGUUAGAGGCAAACAGCACCAUAUCCACCUAAGAGAUUCUUCUUACAAAGUUUUGAGAGAAAUCAAAAACAGUUGAGAAUCAUGAAAGUCAGAUUGUUCCUUGGUGUUCUGCUAUUACUAGACCUUUUAAGUUCCUGUUAUUCUUAUAAGUCAAAUACUUUGCCUGAUAUAGAAGAUAGACAGUUUAUUAAGGAGUGCGUGAAUGCUCAUAACAGCUUUCGGUCCAAGGUGAAUCCACCAGCCAGCAACAUGCGUCACAUGUCCUGGGACUCUGCUUUAGCUAAGAGUGCCAAAGCAUGGGCAAAGCGAUGCCACUUUGAUCAUAAUGGCUACCUUAAAAUAUCAGGAAAAAUGCACCCUAACUUUACUCCAGUUGGAGAAAACAUCUGGACUGGUUCUCUCCGUCUCUUCUCUGCGAGUGCAGCUAUCAGCAAUUGGUAUAAUGAAGUCACAGACUACACUUUUGAGACCCGCUAUUGUACAAGAAUGUGUGGCCAUUACACCCAGGUUGUUUGGGCCAGAAGUUACAAAGUUGGCUGUGCAGUUCAGUUCUGUCCUAGAGUUACAGGUUUUGACAGACUCACCAAUGGAGCACAUUUUGUUUGCAACUAUGCACCAGCUGGGAAUUUUCCGACACAGCCGUAUAAAACAGGAGCAGCAUGUAGUGACUGCAGUGGUGAAAAGUGUGUGGACAAGCUCUGUGAAAAUCCAGAACGUGACACAUUGAAAAGUUACUCCAGUUGGUAUCCAGACUGGGACAUACCGCCACACGCCAACCCCUCUGGUGCUCCACACCCCAACCCCUCCGGUGCGCCACACCCCAGCCCUCCACGCUCCUCGUGUGACCAAUACUGUAUUACUGUUUUAAUAGUAAGGCUACUGUUUGUGUUACUGACUUUUGGUGCUGUCUUACUAGUACAAUGGCAGUAUCCCCAGAUAUUUAUAUAUGAGUAAUCUCCAUUUGCCUCCUAUUGUCGGUGUACAUAAGCAUUAGUACCAGUCAGUUUUCCUGGGCUGCUCAUGGUUGUUUGGGACAAGGAGGAGGAGGAGGUGGUGUGCAUGUUAACUAUUCAAUCAAAGCCAGAGAUUUUGUACCUCUCUGCACCCCAGGCGUACCUCUUCGUUGUCCAUUCUUUUCCCUAAGAAGCACCUUAGAACAUAAGGCGACAGCUUUAGACAUUUCACUAUAACUGCCUUCUCCUAACUAUCACCAUUGUCAAAUAAUGAUGUCCCAUAAACACCUCAUGAGAAUCACCCCAGAUACCUUCUCUAAAGGGUUCCGCAGGUAAAGGAGGGUCAUUGCUAUAUAUAUAAAAAUGCUGGUGUACAGAAGCAUUGGCAGAGCAAUGGUGGAGUUAGCUGCCUGUAUGCUUGAUAGCAGCAAGGAGCCCCAUUCUAGCAAGAGCAGGUUGUGUGCCAUGUCCUAUAUAAUCAUCUGUUCUCCUAUUGUAUCCUCAUCUCUAGACAUUACACACACACACACUUUUUGAGGGCUGAGUGACUGUGGGGAAAUAGAAUACAGAGCAUUUCUGCUUCACAUCCAGAGCAAGUGACCGAGGACUGAAAUUUUUAUCCAACCAAAUGACUGUUUGGUGGCCAAGGUGGAAUUAAUUUGUUAUGUCUCAGUCCAAUUCCAGGAGGACAAAUAGAUUAAGGACCUACAAGUAUAAUUAGAAUAUUCAGUAUGACCCAUAUUCCCUUAUCUGUAACUCCAAGGACUCCACUCAAAGUUUACUUGGCUUAACCUGGGAUGGGUUAUAGAAUCAUGGGAACUCCCCUCUUACCUUCUAUAUCUUUCCCCAAGCUGUUUUUCCAUACACAAGGUUUUAAUAAGUGUCCAUCCUCCCUCUGUCAGCACUGCCAUGAGGCUCUUGUCUUGCUCACUUGGCAGCCUCUGCUCAGUCGCUCUGGACCCAGUGCUGCUUCCAGAAGUGUUAAUUCAGCACAAGGGGCACAAGUGGGACUGCAGCAGAGGUAGGACAGAGAGAAGCCUUAAAAGACUUUACCAAUGGGUUGGAUUUGACAUUAAACUAGCAACUAGCUUGGAUUAAAAUAACCCCCCCAAGUCCCUGCAGUUCUAGUUGAGGGGAUGGGGGCAGGGAAAGAGCAGGAGAGGUAUCUAUUUAAUGCACAGUAAACACCAAAUUACAUACCAAAUGCGCUAUACAUGACUUUACUCACCUAAAAUGUAAACCACCACAUUGCAAGCCCAGUGUUCUUUUGUGAUACCAGGCUAGACUUAAUCGUCUCAUAUUAUGACUCUGGCAAUGGCUCAUACCCAAUUAUUUACAGAAAAAUAACCCAUUAUGCACCUGACUGAUUGUGCAAUGCUUUAUCCCAAGAGAAAAAUUCCUCCCUGACCCCCAAGGCAAUCAGAUUGUCUCUGUAGUAUGACAUUUGGCUGCACUUCUCAUGCUGAGCUAUGGUACAAGUAUUCUCAAGAAUCAUAAAAUUGAUAGUCAAUAUUGCCCUUCAAAAUAUAGAUACAGCUAAAGCAUUGUUCAGUUAACUGUCUGCAGCAGGGAAAUGCAGAGUUUGAUAUUACCCUGAAAAAAGGAAUAUUUCUUUUUUAUUGGCUGUAAAUUGAUACUUCACCAGUCCGAGAGAAAACCAAGGGUCAUGGUGUAUUCUACAUCACUGACAAUUUUUAAAUCAAGAUUGGGUGUUCUUCUAAAAGCUGUGCUCUGGGAAUUAUUUUGGGGAGUUCUAUGGUUGGCUGUGUUAUAUGGGAGGUCCCAGUGAUCUCUUCUCACUUUGGACUCUAUGAAUCCAUUGAAGAUACUCAUGAAUUGUUACUGCAACAUCUUUGAAAUAAGAAUGACAAUCACACAGCUACAAAAACAGUUUAGUUGUGUUUG